CUUUGACUGCAGCCGUUAACAACGCUUAGCUAACCGACGUGUCAGUUACCUGUGGAUAAAUGUCUCGCAGAAACGCGUCCUCGUCUACUUCUGGAAAUAUCGGCACAGUCGGUGUGUCUCACCGGAAGAUAGAAAUACACGGACAAAAAGACGACAGGGGAAGAAAAAAAAGAUGGCGCUGCCCGUGUUGAGAGGUUGCCACAGGUUUCCGUCAACAUUUCGCUGUGUUCGUUUGUUUUUAAAUGAAAGUAUCACCCUGAACCGGUCCGGGAGGACGCGGCUGCCCCCCUCAGCCCCUGCCCCCGUGACGGCAGCGUCCCGCCCGUACAGCUCCGACGGACAGAACCAGAACCGGAACCAGAAGGUGGUGGUCGUCGGCAUCCCGAACCCUUUUAUCUGGCUACGCACCCGAAUAUACUACUUUCUGAUCCGGGCUUACUUCGACAAAGAGUUCAACAUUCAGGAGUUCACGGAGGGCGCGAAGCAGGCCUUCUCCCAUGUUUCCAGGCUGUUGGCACAGUGUCAGUUUGAAGCUCUGGAAGGGCUCGUGGCUAAAGAUUUGAUUGGGAAGCUUGAGGAGAAGUGCAACCUGCUGCCAUCGAGCCACAAGAGGGCGCUCUCUGCAGGUCCUGACGAGAUCAUGUACACCACGCCUGGAGACGUGGGGAUCUUCUACGAUGAUAAUGGGAGGAAGUUUGUCAGUAUUCUGAUGCGGUUCUGGUACCUGACGAGUGCACGUCUUCCUAACGAAGCCCUGGAGGGAACCCGCAUCUUCCAGGUGGCCAUCGGGGGAGAGGGAGACCCGGAGACUAAGAGACUCCUAACGGCAAACUACGAAUUCCAAAGGGAGUUCACUAAGGGAGUUCCUCCGGACUGGACCAUCACGAGGAUAGAGCACUCCAAGCUUUUGGAUUAAGGGGGUUUUGAUUUUGAGGCAGUUGUGCCACUGGAAACCAACUAACUGAGACAUGAAAUCCCUCUUCAGUAUUCUCUUUGAAACAUGAUGCAUCUCCUCACUGGGGAAGUUGGAGGAAAACCCCAGACCUGGAUUCAUCUACUAGUCGCUGUAGAGAAGACACAUGAGCCAACCCAUCUAGUCUCAUAGAUACGGCCCAGAACAGGGGCUCUUAUGGGUUUUAUCCCCCUAAAAACUCUUGUUUUGGAAGGUUUGUACAUUUAGGAAUGAGCCAGCCCAUCUAGUCUCAUAGAGACGGCCCAGAACGGGGGUUCUUAUGGGUUUUUACCCCCUAAAAACUCUUGUUUUGGAAGGUUUGUACAUUUAGGAAUGUGGCCAGAUGCGUCAGAUAUUAUUUUUGAUUUAUUUUAAUCAUCAUGUAACCUCAUAUGGAUGGGGUCUGCUGCACAUUGGUGUGCCUUGCAUCGGUUCUUGGAAACAUCUGGUUUUCUAUUUUUGGAAAUUCAUCAUGUUUGCAGUCCCCUGACUCUCAAGUACAUGCUAUAUAUACACACACAUAUCACAUAUAUAUAGCAGGGAAAAGUCUCAAAAUAUAUAUAUAUAUAUAUAUAUAUAUAUAUAUAUAUAUAUAUAUAUAUAUAUAUAUAUAUAUAUAUAUAUAUAUAUAUAUAUAUAUAUAUAUAUAUAUAUAAUAUAUAUAUAUAAUAUAUAUAUAUAUAUAAUAUAUAUAUAUAUAUAUAUAUAUAUAUAUAUAUAUAUAUAUAUAUAUAUAUGUACUGUACAUGUUUGCAAUGAUUAAUGCAGCUUGGUGCAGCUGCAGCAGAACCUUGAUUGUUUUAUUAAAGAUUUGAAAAAUGAA